UCAAUAAGCGCACAUUAUAAAAGUUAAAUAUCUUUUAAAAUCUCGUUUUAGAGGUCCGAGAAGCCGAGCAUUUUCCUUCUCCGUCGCGUUUAUUUUUCUUUAUUUUUUUCGGUGUGUCGUCACAACAUGGCGACUUGCUCAGGCGCCAGGGUCGAUUUAAACCCCGAAAACACCCAGUACGGGACUAAAACCAUGGAGACUACUUCUGUGUGUGGAAUAGAAGCAGGCCCACGUGGAGUUGUAGAUGGUAGCAGUUCCCCUCCAGACAUGGGUACCCCUUCCCGGGAUAACCUUGGGGAGUUUGGGGAGCUGGGUAACAUAUGCUGCAGUGAAGGGGUAAGAGGAGAGACACCUGGGAGAGAAGAUUGUCAACUUGACCCCCUUGAAAGUGAACUGGACCCAAGCAGUGAUCAGAACAAGGAGCAAAGCAUGUUUGGGAAAGAGGUCCUGCUUUUGAUGCAGGCCCUCCACACCUUAGCUACUCCAGAGGAGAAACUUGCUGCUCUUUGCAAGAAGUAUGCUGAUCUGCUGGAAGAGAGCCGUAAUAUGCAGAAGCAAGUAAAGACACUGCAAAAGAAGCAGACUCAGGUGCUCAAAGAGAAGAUUCACCUGCAGAGUGAACACAGCAAGGCCAUUCUGGCUCGGAGUAAGCUGGAGAGCCUUUGCCGGGAGCUCCAGCGGCACAACAAGACCCUAAAGGAGGAGAAUGCACAGAGGUUCAGAGAAUAUGAGGAGAGGCGUAAGGAAGCUACGCUUCAUUUCCAGAUGACGCUCAACGAGAUCGAAGCGCAGAUGGAGCAGCACAACACUCACAACACCAAGCUGAGGCAAGAGAACAUGGAGCUGGCUGAGAAACUCAAGAAACUCAUUGACCAGUACGAACUGCGUGAGGAGCACAUUGACAAGGUGUUCAAGCAUAAGGAGCUGCAGCAGCAGCUGGUUGAUGCCAAACUCCAGAGGACAGCUGAGCUGAUGAGGGAGGUGGAGGAGAAGCAGCAGCGAGAACGAGAGUUGCUUCUCAAAGAUGCGACAGAAUCGAGGCAUAAAUGUGAGAUGAUGAAGGAGCAGGAACUUCAGCUGAAGCAGCAACUCACCCUUUACAUGGACAAAUUUGAGGAAUUCCAGACGACCCUGGCCAAGAGCAAUGAAGUGUUCACCUCUUUCAGACAGGAGAUGGAGAAGAUGACCAAGAAAAUCAAGAAGCUGGAGAAGGAGACAACACUUUGGAGGACUAAAUGGGAGGCCAACAACCAGACUUUACUGCAGAUGGCUGAGGAGAAAACGGUGCGGGACAAAAAUUACAAGGCCCUUCAAGGGAAACUGGAGCGUCUUGAAAAGCUGUGUAGGGCUUUGCAGCAAGAACGUAAUGACCUCACCCAGAAACUCGGGGCCCUCCAAGGCCCAGCAAAGGAUCCUGCAGAGGAGGGUACGGGGCCUCCUGACCCCCAGCCUGUGGAGCCCCUGAGCCAGCCCACAAACAGUGGGAUGGAUGGAGAGAUGGACUGUUUGGUCCCGGAGACAGAGAGGCUCGGCUUGCAGCCAGACCAAGAGGAGUCAUCCAGAAAGCAGCUAGAUGACGACUGAGCCAGACCCAAUGAGGGACGAUUUUUUUGAGGGGGGGUGGGGGGUAUAUAUUUUUGUGAAACAGAUAUCAUAAUUGAAGCCUAAACAGAUACACAUUAGUAUGAAAACUACUCUGUGCAUUGUGAAUUUGGCUUUGUGAUGCGCCUUUUUACUUUUUUUCUACAACAUCUGUAUUUUCGUAGGAAAUGGCCCUUUGCUCUAAGGUGGCUACAGCUUUGUUUGUUUGUUUCCCCCUUUUUGCUGUGGUGGCAGAUUUAUAUUUUGAUGAUAAAAUGUAGCUGUUGGAUUUGGCCUCUAUUGAAAUAAAUGCAAAUGCAUUCAGAUGCAUAUAAGGAUAUUGAUAUUUUCACACAGCCAUAUGUAGUUGAAUAACUAACUGUGUCCAAGCAAUCCAGUCACAGGGCAUCCAUGAAAGUGAAGGCUUAAGACAUCAGCUUAUUGCAGUGAUCUUAAAAUCACAGAUGGACAUUUGGUUCUAAAGAAAGGCUGCAUGACUUUUGUUUUUCAAUUUCUCUAUCUAUAACUGAAAUUUAUCCUUGCUGAGGAAAAGUCUUAAAUAUACCAUCUAGAGAUGUAUCUAAAUUUUGUAGUUUUUAUUUUACUCUGAGACUAUAUUGCCUGUAUCUUUUCUUUCAGUGUGGGAUUCUCAGAAUUAAGGGCUAGUAGACUUUUAACAAAGCUGCUAUCAACAGGUUAUGUGAAAUGUUGGGACUACUUUGAUUCAGUAUCAAAGGGUGUCAGAGCCAUAGUCUCUGCAAGGCUAUUUCUGAAUGUGACUGCAGGUUGAUUUGUCUAAUGCAAUUUAAAGCGCUUAAAGAGGGGCAUUUUUAUUAUUCAUCGAGAAUACUAGCACUGUAAAAUUAAGAUUCUUUAUUUUAUGAAUGAACAGUACAGAGAUUUCCUUUAAAACUUGACAAAUCAUUAGUAAGUAUAGAAAGCUAUAUGGUGGUAAAAAGUGAUCUGCUACACUAGUUGUAACAUUGUUAGAAUAUAUUUUAUUAAUUAACUUUUUUUCACCAAAGUCAAAGCUAAAAAUUACUCUGCAUUCCCUUGUUUUGUUAAGUCAUAUGUCCAGCCUUGCGACUAGCAGUUAGGUAGAUUUGUGUAAAUAACUUAAGUACUAAAAUAUUGGUGUACAUUUACCCUGAUUAACACAGUUCGAAGAAUUCAAAAUGAGGUUGUUGGCCAAAUCAACACUGCAUCUACAUUGUUCUAAACAGUAUCUAAAAUAUUACUUAAGCAUCAUCAGCAAAUGAAAGAAAUUGGGGCAGGACAGCAGCAGCAAAAAACAAAACAUUUAUUUGUUUUUUAUUAAGCUGAGUUUGGUCCCUUUUUUCUUUAAUGCAAAUAAUUAUUCAAUAUACAUUUUUUAUUCUUACAUGGUUGAGUACAAUUCCAGCACUACAUGCAAUGUGCUACAUUAGUUGCUUUUAUUUUCAUUAUUAAAGAAAAUGCACAUGUGCAUUAUUGCACAUUACAUUUAGUAGACCGAUGCACUGCUAAUAUAGACAUAUUAUAAAAUUUAGAUCAUUCCCAUUUGGACUGGAUACAAAACCAUCUAAACGUCAUCCGUGUUUAAGUUUAAAAGGGGCCUUGACAUUACUGAUAUUUUACUGGAAAUGCCGAAUGUGGGUUUUUUUUUUGUUUUUGUCAGCAAUCAGUUGUGUAGUGAUAAAAAUUAAUUCUUUAAAGCAUUAUACUCAAUGCAAAUGCUAAUGAAUAGCUGAGGGCAUUGUAGAUGUUGCUAAUAAUGUGAAACUAUGGAGAACCGAAAUGAUGAAUGUCACCCAUCUUGCCAAUUCCAAGCCUAGUUAAGCAGGCUUUUCAGGGCAUGUAGCUUUACGUUCCUCUAAAAUCCCCUCAUUAUCAUGAACCAGGACAACAGGGUUUUACAACAUGGUCCAUCAGGUCCCAAAGCCCACAUGAACAUUCCUUGAUUGUUAUUUAGUCUAACCAAAUACAGUAUUCUUUUCUUCUUACUGGACACAAAUUAAAUAUGAUUGUUCUAUUGACAGUACGUUUGAAAUAUGGCUCAGGGUGCAGUGUAUCCAGGAAAUUAAUCACAAUUUACUAAUUUUUUGUCACUAAGACAAGGACUUUGUUUAAUUUGUGAAUUGGUAAAUAAUAUAUGGGCCACUACAUGAAAAAGUAAAUCACGAGUCAAACUAGGGUAGAUACAGUCUCUCACAUCUUAUGGUGUGCUUCAUGCAGCCAUUGCUUGAAUUUUUAAAAUGUGAAUGUUUAUCAUCUCAUGCUAAUCUAUUACAUAAUGUGACUACACCAAGGAAAUGUAACUUGUGCUUCUCCUAAUAAGUUAGAAUCUGACCUAAACCUAGCAAGCUGUGAGACAUCAGCAAUGCUUUCAUUAACUUUUUUUUUUGGCUCCAAAAAUGUUUAUCUUGUGAACAAACUGUAUUGGUUUGAUUUGGAAUUGACCAGAAAAUUUAGUUUGGGUUUGGUACUGUUCUCAUUUUUCUUAAUUUAUUUGGUAGUGUCCCAGUUUGAUUCUCAGGUUAUGCAAGAAAUCUACCUCUGCAGGUAAGACUAACUGUGAAAGAGCCUAAAGUCAGCAAUGCUUUCUUCCUUUAACUGAAACUCUGUCCCUUCUAAGAUUGUAUUCUGUUCAUGUAGUCCUGUCUUGCUUUUCAAUAAAAUGUUUUGUAGAUC